AUGCACGGGCUGCGGGCCUCUCUGCGCGCGCCUGUCUCUGGCGCCCCGCCUCCUUGCGCCCUCGCGCGUGCCGCCUCUUCCGCCCACGCGUCAGUGCCUGCGCUGCGUCCGCAGAGUAGCGCCCCUCACCGCCUUUCCCUCCCGCGCGAACGUCCCGCGCACACCACGAUCGCGCGCCGUCCGACUCCCGCCCAGUCGGAUUUCGGAAGCUUCCGCCUGCAUCGUCCACACCUCCGUCCGCGUCCGCAGCGGCGGGCAGGGGCGGUGUGCGCGUCGGCAGAGGAGCCGUUGCGCGGCGGACCAGGGGGCACUGCGGCGAGAUCGGGCGCGGGGACGGUGGCGAGGGGAGACGAGGCGAGGGCGGUGGCAGUAGCGGCAGCGACGCGGAGGGGGAGGAGGGAGGCAUGGGCGGCAGAAGCAGGGCGCGCAGCAGCAGGGCGGAGAGGCGGGGCGCAGCAGCAAGACCUCGCGUCCUUCUUCCGCACCCAGCGGACGGGCAUAGCGCGCAGGGGCAAGGGCGCAAGCACCAGCCUGUGCGCGUUGACCUCAGCAACAACCACCUGUCCGGGACGAACCCCCAGUUCCUUGGUGCCACCCCUUCUGGUUCCCUGGUGCCACCCCUUCUGGUUCCCUGGUGCCACCCCUUCUGGUGACCCCGCUGCUGAAAGCGCAGGGAGCGCGAGCGUGGCGCAGCUGCGGCUGGGAGGCAACGAGCUGGCAGGGUCCAUCCCUGACACCCUCUCCACACUCACACAGCUCGUCGCCCUCAAUCUCUCCACCAACCGCCUGUCGGGCUCACUACCCUCGGGCUUGGCGGGCCUGCAGCAGCUGUCGGUGCUGGACGCCUCCUGGAACGCCCUCACCGGCUUCAUCCCUUCCACCCUCUCGUCCCUCCACUCCCUCAACCUCUCCUCCAACUUCUUCCUCUCUGGUCCAAUCCCCGCCGGCCCACUUUCCGCCUUCCCCGUCACUUCCUACGCUAACAACUCCGCCCUCUGUGGCCGUCCCACGGCUGCAGUGGCAGGCAUUGUGGCAGCGAGUGUGUGUGCGCUUGCGGUGGUGGCAGCAGCACUGUGUGUAGUGGAGAGGAGGAGGGAGGUGGAGAGGAGGAGGAGGCUGAACGGGUACUUGCUGAUUGUGAAGCAGGCGCCAGUGAAGGUGACGGUGGAGGGGAUAGUGGAGGGCACCAACAACUUCAGUCACACCAUGCUGCUGGGGAAGGGCGGCCUUGGCAGAGUCUACAAGGCAGUGGAGGCCGUGCUGAGACUGGCGUUGCGGUGCAGAGCCAGUCUCAGGGCGGAGCAGAGCCAGAGACGGCCCUCCAUGCUGGAUGCGUGGACGUACCUCACGAGUCUGUAUGGUGUGGUGGCGCACAUGCAAGACGACGGUGGGGAGGGCUUGGAUCUGUCACUGGAGCAGCAAGGCAUGGCGUGGGAUGCUGGGGGCGUUGGAUCUGGGUCGACUUGUGUACUGCUUGGGAACAGAGCUGAUGAGGAGGACAAGGGUGAGAAAGAUAGUGACAUGCACAUGAGUGGGACAGGGUCAGGUUGGGAGCUGUUGUGGGGCUUGAAAGGCAUAGCUAGUGCAGCUAGAUAA